AUGGCAGCAGCAAGGUCUCAGCCCGAAGAUGAUCCAGAUCCCUCCAACAGCAGCACAAUCCGUGACUCAGGAACCCCUUCUGUUCUAGAACUGGAGGACAUUCUGGAGAGCAGCAGAGUGCCGUUAAACCAUGUUGAUGAAGUUUGGCCUAACCUAUACAUUGGAGACUUGGUAAUAGCCCAUGACCGAAAACAAUUGAGAAGGCUGGGAAUCACUCACGUGUUAAAUGCUGCUCAUUCCAAAUGGGGCAGUAAAGGAGAUGCCAUCUUCUACGGCAGGAAGAUAAAGUAUUUCGGCAUCACAGCUGAUGAUUGUCCAGAGUUUGACCUGAGCAGCUACUUCUACACUGCAGCUGAACUCAUACACCAAACACUGAGGAAUCCAGAUGCGAAGCUUCUGGUGCACUGCAUCCUGGGAUUGAGCAGGUCAGCUUCCCUCCUGCUGGCCUACCUGAUGAUCUAUCACGAGCGGUCCCUGCUCCAGGCAGUUCACAGGAUGGUUUUGUUCAGACCGAUCUCACCCAACUGCGGAUUUCUGGAACAGUUACGCAACUUGGACAUUGAGUUAAAUGAAAAGAAGAAGCAGCCUCAGGGAUGGCCUGUGGAUUGCCAGAUGAUAUCACCCACUGACACCGUCUCACAUGCUCUGCUCAGUGAACCGACGGGGAAGGCACUUUCCACAGCUUCUGAGCUGGUGAACAGGGAAGAACAGGACAUAAACUCCCGGUCCAACAUUGGAAGCAUGGAAGGAUCAUCCCACAGACGCAGGUCUCGCUCUGGUUUGCAGAGUGGAACUGAAGAUGACUAUGAACCUCCUCCAAUGUCAGAGCUCCAGAAAUGUCUGUGGACAAGAGCGUCCUCGAGUCACGUGGACCAGGUUUGGCCGAACCUUCACCUGGGAGAUGCAUGGACAGCUCGAGAUAAGCUGAUGCUGCAGCAUCUGGGAAUUACGCACGUCCUCAAUGCUGCUGAUGGGAAGUUCAACAUUAACACUGGAGCCACUUACUACAAGGACAUGAACAUACAAUACUAUGGAAUCGAGGCAUUUGAUGCCACAGAUUUCAACAUGAGUCCAUUCUUUUAUCCAGCUGCAAAAUUUAUCAGAGCUGGUCUCAACACUGUAGGGAAAGUCUUUGUUCACUGUGCAAUGGGAAUCAGCCGGGCGGCCACCCUGGUUCUUGCCUUCCUGAUGAUCUGUGAAAAGAUGACCCUAGUCGAGGCCAUUAAAACUGUCAGCGCGCACAGAAACAUCUCGCCCAACUACGGCUUCCUCGGUCAACUCCGGGAGCUUGAUAGAGCCUUGAUUAGGGAAAGGAGAAGGUGACCGGCCGCUGAACACGGUGACUUCACCGGGCCGCAGUCACCUGAAAACUCUCCAGAAAGGGUCAGGACAACAAAACAGACAGAACUUUACGAACCUUCGGCUUCCAGUUCAGGUCAACACUCGCGGUUACCUGAGAGCGGACAUUGUUCACCGGCACCUCGAACGUUGUCGAUUCAAUUCCAGUUCAGUCCAUGAACUGGUUGUUACCGGCUUGCAGAGAUAUGGGAGACUCCGAGCACCAUCCCGAGAGGGGACGGCUCUUCCAGCAACAUGUC